GAGAGUGAUUUACUCGUCCAUUGCUCUAAUAAUACAUUAACGACGGGUCCACAAAUUUAGUCAAAUCGUUUUACUGAACGAUCGAUUGAAAAAUGUUUGGUACUUGAAUAGAAGUGGGAGUGAAGUCGAUUUAAAAUAAUUUUAUUUCUCUCGAGUGUCUUCGCCGUGCGAAUAACACAGUUGCGUUUUCAAAGAAUUUUCUUCUGAUAAAUUGUCUUGAAUUCAAUUUGUGAGUGAAAUACGACGAAAAAAAGUAAAAUUUCAUCAUGGACGCGAUUAAAAAAAAGAUGCAAGCCCUGAAACUGGAAAAGGAUAACGCUCAAGAUAAAGCCGAUACGUGUGAAAAUCAGGUGAAAGAUGCGGAUAUCAGGGCCGAAAAACUGAAGGAAGAAGUAAAAGAAUGUGAACGAAAAUUAAUUCAAGUGGAUAUCGAUUACACCAGUGCGAAAAAUGAAUUGGAAUCUUCCAACCAAGAACUGGAACUUAAGGAAAAGAAAUUAACUGCCACUGAAUCCGAAGUGGCGACAUUAACUCGUAAAGUGCAACAAAUUGAAGAAGAUUUGGAGAAAUCGGAGGAACGUUCGAUUACUACGCUACAUAAAUUGUUGGAAGCCUCUCAAAAGGCCGACGAAAAUAAUCGUAUAUGCAAAGUAAUGGAAGCUCGUUUACAACUGGAUGAAGAGCGUAUGGAACAAUUGACAACUCAAUUGAAGGACGCUCGUGCUCUUGCUGAAGAUUCUGAUACCAAAACUGAAGAAGCAUCACGAAAAUCUUCUUUUGUUGAAGAUGAAUUGGAAGCGGCUGAAGAACGUGCCAAAUCUGGAUAUGCUAAAGUCCAAGAAUUGGAUGAAGAGUUACAGGCGGUUCAAAACUCAUUGAAAUCAUUGGAAAAUUCAGAGCAAAAAGCUAAUCAUCGAGUGGAGGAAUUCAAAUUGGAAAUGACAACGCUGACGGAUCGUUUGAAGGCAGCUGAAACUCGGGCUGAGAAUGCUGAAAAAAUUGUAAAGAGACUUCAAAAGGAAGUCGACAGACUAGAAGAUCGUUUGUUCUACGAGAAGGAAAAGUACAAGUCCGUUUGCGACGAUUUGGAUUCAACGUAUGCCGAACUCACUGGAUUUUAAGUGGCGAAUAUGUCGUGCCACAAAAAUGUUCGUUCACACAUUUAUUCUGACAUCAAAUUACGAUCGCUGUUUCACUCGUUCAACUUCAUUCACAAUGGAAUUUCGGUUGAGGUGUAAUAUUUUCUUUUAAUGUUUCUUCAUUGGUUUUUUCUUCUUUUUUUCAAUUAAAAAAUUUCUUUCUCUUUUU